AUGCAGUGCGGGACGGGACUGAAAAAAGCAUCUAUACACAACACCUCAAAAAUGACGUCGCCGGACAGCAAGGAUGAGAAGCAGGCGCUGCCAUCCAACCCUCAAGAUCUAGCCACGGCAUACCGUGAAAUCACAAAGGGCGAGCAGACCGCCACGCAGCUCGAGGCCAACCUCUCCAACCUCGAGUCCAAGCUCGACGCCAUGCUCGCCGCCUUUGAGCAGCAAGAGGGAAGCGACAGCAAAAUCGGCGACAAGACGGGCUCAAAUGGCGACGGCAGCAGCAACACCAGCAAAGGCGCAUGA